UGAGGAGGGGAUGAGCUGAAGACACGCCGGGAGGACGACUGCUUCUCUAGGACAGCACCAUGCUGAGUCUACUGCGCCCCCUGCUGGCCGCUCUCCUUUACCUGCAGCUGCAGGCUGCACACAGCAGGUUCCCCGUCUACAACAACGGCUUUCACUACCAGGACAUCAGCAACGGAAACGGAAACGGAGAGAUCUACUUCAACGGCGUUCGUCUCCAUGUGGAGUCUCCACAGCAGGCAGUGUCAGCCACCAGGGGGAGCAGUGUCAUCCUCCCCUGUCUCUUCCAUUACGAACCAGAGCCGAGCAUGCCACGCAAGACACGGGUCAAAUGGUCCUGGAUCCCCGCCAACACUGCCAAUGAACCCGUCUCCCCGAUAGCCGCCGUCAGGGAGACUGAGGUCAUGGUUGCCAUGGGUAAGCGCCAACGCAGCUAUGGCAGCUUCAAGGGCCGCGUGCGCCUGCGACGCUCCGCACCAGGGGACAUGUCUCUGGUGAUCAAUGAGCUGCAACUCAACGACACGGGCCGGUAUCGCUGUGAGGUGAUCGACGGCCUGGAGGACGAGAGUGUGACGGUGGACCUGGAGCUGCGGGGUGUGGUGUUCCCCUGCUACUCUCAGAAAGGGCGCUACCAUUUAAACUUCUUCGAGGCCCAGCAAGCGUGCCAGGACCAGGAUGCCACUCUGGCCACAUUUGAGCAGCUCUUCACGGCCUGGGAGGAAGGGCUGGACUGGUGUAACGCCGGCUGGUUGGCUGACGGCACAGUGCAGUAUCCAAUCACUGUCCCACGUGACGGCUGUGGGGGCGUGGACUUGGCACCGGGUUUACGCAGCUACGGGCAACGACAUCAGCUGGUCCACCGGUACGACGCUUUCUGCUUCUCUGCAUCUGUCAAAGGGAACGUCUACUUUUUAAACCAUCCAACCAAGCUCAACUUCACAGAAGCAGCCCUGGCUUGCUUCAAAGAUGGAAGUGAAAUAGCUAAAGUGGGCCAGCUGUACGCCGCCUGGAGACUGAUGGGAUUGGACCGCUGUGAUGCCGGCUGGUUGGCUGACGGGAGCGUCCGUUAUCCCAUCAUAAAGGCUCGGGCUAACUGUGGGCCACCAGAACCAGGAGUGCGUAGCUUUGGGUUCCCUCCUGCACACCUGAAAUAUGGUGUCUACUGUUACCGGUAGAUUUUUUUAUUUGCUCAACAAAAGAGAAACAAUCCACGCAGCUCACUGGUUCCAGAAUCUGCUCGAGAGUUUAGCUCUAGAAUUAGCUUGGAUGCAACUUAGCGGUUAGCCAGUUUGUUUAUUUCUGAGCUAUUUUGAAGGUAUUCUUGUUUACCUCUUUAAACUGACUGUAUUGAUGACUGACAACAUCCUGUAAACUAUCUUCAUCCAUCAUGUGGUGACACUCGUAUUUCUCUUCACAUAAUGGCCUGAAGUUUGUGGACAUUUGACCAUUCAGCCAUGAAUGUUAUUCUCAAACAUCUCAUUCUAAACCCAUUGGCAUGAAUAUGCUGCUUCAACACCAACUACUACCAACACAACCAAUACUUAAGAAAGGCUUCCUACAGUUUAAAUCCAUCAGAAGUCUUUCAUCCAGUAAGAGAGCAUGUCUAAAGAUGUUCACCUCUAACGUCACACUCAGAUUGUGAAGCUUAAAUGCUGCUAUAAUGUAGCCGCUGCGUUCAAAAUUCCUAGAGCAGAGAUUUAGGUUUUAUGACGAUUGUGAAACCAGUUAUCAUUAUGAUGCCCAGUUUGCAGCAGGCGAGCCACCCACAACACUAUGAUCAUUUGCACAGAAUUUGCUAAAAGCAUUUUUCGAGCGAUUGCGUGAUAAAAACCUGAUUCCCUAAAAAGUUGGGACACAUAUUUGUGAAUAUAAACAGAAAGCUAUAAUUUGCAAAUUAUUUUCAACAUGCAAACAUGAAAGGCAAUAUAAUUUCAUGUUCAAUUUGAUAAACUUUUUUUGUACCUGUCCAACCUUCCAUAAAAAUUUAGGACAAGGGCAUGCUUACCACUUUGUUACAUCACCUCUUGCCCAACAGUUUAGACUGUGUGUUAUUUUAUUUUGUUUAAUUUAAUUUCAAUUUCAUACUAUGCCAUAAAUUUUUUAAUGAGAGACCGGCAUGGACUGCUUGUAGGCUAUUCUAGGCCCUGUCCUCUUUUUCCGUGAAGUCAUGCAGUUGUAACUCGUGCAGAAUGUGGCUUUGCAUUGUAUCCCUUGUAUAAACAGGAAUGUCUCUGAAAAGAUGCAGAAACAUGUAUGUACUUUUGAGAAUGGAUGGUGACAUCACAGAUGUGCAAGUUACACAUGCCAAGGGUACUAAUACACCUUGGCAGAAUUCUUUUGCCCACAAGAUCUUUCUCAAAGUGGAGGCCAGUACUGAUUGUGAAUGACUGAGCCUUCCAGGAGUGCUCCUUUAUAUCCGAUCAUGGUACAUCACCUGCUACCAUUUAACCUGCUUACCUUUGGAAUGUUGCAGGUGUUUCCCAGUGUUUUUGCCCCUGUUCUAACUUUUUUGGAAAGUGUUGCAGACAUCAAAAUCAGGAUAGAAGAAGAUCCCCCCCCCCAAACAUACAAAAAGUAUCAGUUUUACCAUUAAAUACUAAAUCUUUGUGCUUUAUCCAAUUGAAUAAAGGUGAAAAUGACCUGCAAGUCACUGAAUUCUAUUUAAUUCACAUUUUACACAAAGUCCCAGCUUUUCUGUGCUGAGUUUUUAGAACACAUUUCAUAAAUAAAACAGAGAAAAAAAACAGAGGUCUAAUCUGUGCUUAAAUGAUGUAAAGAAGUAACAGAAGUUGUAGAAGUAGUAAGAGAAAUGGAAGCUCACUUUAGUGUCUCUAGCUUUAGCUACACCUCACAUAGCUAUGCUAGCAACAUAAUUAACUUUACUGCAUAAGCAGAUGUAGCUAAGUUAGCUUCAGCUACGUGAGCUUCGGCAAACCUAGCUAAAGCUAACAUAGCUAUGUAGAGAAGGUAGUUAUGUAGCCACUUUGUGAGCUUAGCUUUAGCUAAGUAGCUACAUUAUCUAUGUAGCUUACGCAGAUAAAGGGGGCUACACUUGCUAUGUCAGAAUGUUUCUAUGCAGAACAAGCUUUUUUCCUUUAAGUAGACUGUUUGCUCAGCUUUACUUAACAUUGUGUAAACAGUUUUUUGGGCCAGGUUUUUAACUUUAGGAAUCUUAACCCCUACCCUAACCCUAAACUAAAGUUUCAUCCAAUUUUAUUUCAAAAGUUUUAGUUUAUAUUUCCAUUCUGACAGACACAGCAUCUCAAAUGAUUGGUCUGUGAGAGUGGUCAACAGAAAUGUACAGUCUGCAGCAAGACCCCUCUAUAUUAAUUUUCUAACAUGCUGACAGGACACAAUAGACUACAUAAAGCCCUUUGGUUACUAACCUGGAUUUUUAAGUCAAUCUGUGGCAGCUGCAACAACACUCAAACUAGCUUUAGAUCAACAUUAAUGUAAACAAAGAGGUAGCUUUAAGCCUCAUGACCAACAGUAGCAUUCUGGCUAGCAUUCAUAUCAACCAUGCACCUGAUUAUACAUGACUCAUACUUCUCAAACCAAAAAUCACUAUGUUUAUUUCUACUGCAGGAAUUGACAUGUAAACAUGGAGUGUGUCUAUGAUGUCUGAUGCUUCUGUAGCCUCUGCAUUGGAUUUGUUUUGCCAUUGUUUAUUGAGAUAUAUUGACAGAAUUUGGGCCUCCCAUUCUGAGCGUGACAUUAGGGCAAAAAAAAAGACAUGUACAAGCAUUAGUUUUAAGUGCCUUGUUAAAAGGCACCUUGACAGUUAAGGACGUGGAGAAAGUUUUCUUUAAAGUUAUCUUUCCUGUUGGUCCAUGAUUGUAUGCCUAUCUUCUCCCCCUUACCAAACACUCGUUCUGCUACUCUGAUACUGUGAAAUAUUCUGAAGUGUAUGUUUGUUUGCUGAUAUGUUUCUUUAUCCCACUUUAUAGAGCAUAAAACAUCUUUUUUUUUUUACCUCUCUGUGUUUAAAAAGAAUAUUUGUGAUUGAUAAACCAGAUCUGUUUACCUGUAAUAUUAGCUGUUUACAUCCACUGUGUAAAAGAAACAUCUCUUUCCUUAUAUUCACUUAUUUUGUACGUCUUUGUAUUUGUAUCAUUUUCUACAAAUGAUUA